AUGGCCAUCACCGAGGUCUGGGAUGGUGUGGCUGAGGUGCACAUGGCCCUGAACAACCAGGCCACUGGGCUCCUGAACCUCAAGAAGGACAUCCGGGGUGUUCUGGAUCAGAUGGAGGACAUCCAGCUGGAGAUUCUGGGGGAAAGGGCUCAGUGCCGUGCCCAGGCAAGGAAGGAGCAGCAGAUGGCGUGCAUGACGAAAGGGAGGCCACAGCUGGGAUGUUCCGAGGGCCUGACAAGCCAGCUCUGGCUGCUGGCACUGAGGCUGCUGCUGGGUGCCCUGCUGGCCUGCACCGCCGCCUACGUGUACGUGGUGGACCCUGCGCCCUUCGAGGGGCUGGUACCGCCCCUGCUGAGCCGCGCCGCCGUCUGGAAGCUCAGGGCCUUGCUCGGCCCCUUCCUGCGCCUCGAGGUGGACGACUUCCUGCCCUUCUAG